CUUCGCGUCAAGCUAGUGUCGGCCUCAAACAUCUCGUUUUUUUCCCAGCCGAGUGGAAUAAUUUUAAUCGAAAUCCCGAAGUGACAAAAGUUUUCUUAGUUGACGUUCUUUCUUGGCAUUGAAUGCGCAUGCGCAUUGAUUCAACAUUGCGAAUUCGCAAAUACACGCCAGUUACACGGCAUCGAAACAUCAGGCAUGGCUGAUGAAAGAAGCUUUGGAUACACGCCUCCUGAGUUUAGUAUGACGGACGAGGCAACUGCAAGUAAACGCUGUGACAGUACCCCGUGGGCUUCAUCUACUUUGGGCGCCCACACAACCAUCCCUGCUGAGGCCUGGAAGUACCAGUGGAACACACAGGCCGCGCCGACAACCGACGGGACUUACAACGUCGAUGGUGACACUGACAAUGAAAGCACAAGUUACCAGCACUUGGGGUCCAUCAGCCGCAUCCAUAACGCCAGGCCCAGCACAAGCCACGCUAGCAUGGCGGAAGCAUCAGCCAAUUUUGAAGACUACACCACAAUUUCCGAGAACACCAGGGUUCCACAAGGUAACACCCAGUACAAACUGGCUGAAGGCACAUCCACCGUCUUCGGGCAUACAGACAAGACAGAAACCGGAAGCAUCAGUUUCACACUUCCGGUCUGGAGCAGCAGAGGCGGCGGCGAUAACGCAGUGGCUAGUAGGAGCCAAACUGGCACUGAAGAAGCAUCGGGCGCUUCGGUAAACGACGCUAGGAAUGCUACUGCAACCAGAGGAACGGAGCAGAAAGGGUCCCGCGAAUUCCCAGCAUGUGAUCAAUCUUCUGUGAAGAAGUCGAACCACCAAUGUGAAACAUGUGGCAAAUUUAUGAGCCGGGCUGAUAAUCUACCUGUACAUUACCGCACGCAUACCGGCGACAAACCAUACAAAUGUAAAAUAUGUGAGAUAUCGUUCGCGCACAUAUCGAAUUUGCGUAGGCAUCAACGAAUUCACACCGGCAUGAAACUCCAUAUCUGCCAAAUAUGUCCUAGACCACUGAAAAAUACAACGGCACUUAAAAAUCAUCUCAAAUCACACAGUAACGACAGGCCUUUCGCUUGCGACAUAUGUAGUCUCUCAUAUAAGCGCAUUGCACAUCUCCGAAGGCAUCGCGAAACAGUUCACCACUGUAAAAUUCCGUAAGAGUACAAGCAGUGUGGAUUUGGGAUCGCAAACAAAGAAAACCUCGACGCGCAAAUAUGCCAGAAUUAUAGGUGCCUAUUGUGCGGAUAUUCGUUUAGAAAUGCAUUUCAACUCGUGGCACAUCUCGAGUCGCAUACGGGUGGGCACUCACAACAGUGCGACUAGUGCCCAAGUGCAUUCAAUCGCCCAGGAGUUUUGCAUAAGCCGCGCAGGAAAUAACCGAUGACAUUCUCCCAGGCUUCUUUUGACGUUUAAACUCCUGAGUGAAAUGCAAGACUUUAAGUAUACCGCUGGAUUUUUCUAAAAUACGAGACAAAACGUCGUCUCAAGCAGCGGUUGGGAUGCUUGAAUGUCGAAGUAUACUGCCGGUCCUGCCUACAGCUCACUGUUUGCAGAAAUAUGUUGUCCGCCCAGGUAGCAUUAGCAACCUCAUUUCUAGACAAACCCUAAUGGGCUGCAAGUUCGUGUUUUGUGUGUCUAAGGUUGAAAUGUUCGCACAAGAUCCUUGACACCUCGUUUAGUUCAGCAAGUGGUCUGAGAGUGUACUAGUAAACAGGCUUUACCUAAACAUCCUUUUAAUUAUGCUGCAGUGUGAAUUGAAGGGAAAACCUCUCAUUAGGAAUCAUUAAAAAAUGAGGUACUGUUUUCUUGUCAACUAAAACAAUACCUGCCUAUAAUUGAGGUCCGUAGGCCUUGCUGCCUUCCAGAGACAGCUUUUACGACAAUACAGAAACAUAGACAUGGGGAAAUUUAUUUCCCUUACAAAUUGUUCAAUGCACGUAAUGUCUUGGUUCUCUCCUUUGGUCUUUUAUUCAUACGGAAUAUUUUUGUUGUUUAUCAUGCUGUUGACAGCAGUGAAAUUGUAUCAAACUGUCCAAUAUUUUAUGAAUGGGAAUAUUUUAGUUGUAUUUUUAAAGUACAGUUUCUUAUUCACUCAGAAGUCUUCUCUUUUGACUUGCACUCCAUUCUAGUUACAGCUGUAGUCUUUUAACCUGAUGUGACAAACGUAUACCUGUUAGGGAGAUGCAGCUUUUAGUUACAUUGUUGACA